CAUUCCAACGAUCUCCGACAAGAGUCACGCCACAGCAAACGGGACUGGUGUACAGCUCACUACAACUUGUCUCCACUUCCCUCUUGUCCACCGUCCGGCCUUUUUCCUACCCUCAGCAGACUUCGGGGCACCUGGACCGACGCCGCAGAACAGGAUGAUGCUGAUGGUGUUGAUGGUGUUAAUGAUGACGUUUGUGAACAUGGAGAUUUAAAGGAGGUCUUUGGAGGCGAAGUAAACCCGGUUUCCAAGACGGACAAGGACGACGACUCAGCAGCAAUAGAUAUGGCAAUGACUGCCUCCAAGACAAGCCAGGAUUAUGGCUGUAUCUACUCCGCGUCUCGGUUCACUGCAUCGCCCAGUUCCUCCUCGUCCUCCUACAACGGAGACGACUUUCCGGUGCGUUAG